AACCAAACUCAACGUGUUUCAUAUCUAGUUCGUAUUUCGUAUAGUUAUAUCGCUGACACGACCGGCGAGCCAUAUAUACACAUUACUCAUUGCGUAUAUCGAGAGUUCCUCGCCGAUACUUGCAACGCACCGGCCGCUGUUAUGUUGUUCUUUUGAUACAUUGUUCAAGUUCGCUUUUAUUUGUAACAGAUAAUAACAGUGCGGAUCGUUAUCUUAUCGGGUUGUUUGUGUAGUUUGUUGUAUAUAAUUGUAAUUUGUGUUUUAUUCAUCAUCCGUCCACACUGGUGACGAAACUAAUUGAUUUUUCAAGAAGCGAUGUUGCAGGUUCAUCUGCUUAGAAGAUGACUACCUGCAGGAUUUCAAGCUAAUAUCAACUUAAAGUUUCGUGUUGAGUGUUUGUCAGACAUUAUGUCCGUAUGUGGUUAAAAUAUCUGUGAUUUUUUUUGUUAUUGGUGAUAAGAAAAGGUAAAAGGUAAAGUGAUCGUCAAUAUGUUGUCAUAUAUGAUUCCGACUGAUGAAAAACCGCCUCCCGUUCCCGGAAAAACGCAUUUACACUUGACUUUCGGUACAUACGUGAACGGUAAUGGCACGACAGGUAACAACGUGAUCAGCAAGGAAAACAGUGUGUGCAGUUUUGCUAGCGAUGCUACUAACACAACUGCUAGUCAUAGUUCCAUGACACCAACAAGUAUCAGCGACCGGUCCAAAUCGAAAUUGGUGGCGAAUGGUACAAAGCAUCCUCCAUUGAAAAGGGUAUCUUUUGGUAGCUCAAAAGGAUCAAUGGUGGAGACAUUAAUAUACGAAACUCCUCUUCAAGAGGAACCCGAACCUAGUCCUAUAGCUGAAAACCCGACACCAUUUCCAGCGGACCAAGAACAAACGGAGGCCGAAAGGGAAAAGGUGCGGGUCAGCUUUUUCCAGCAGUCGAAACCUCAAGAAGUCGAUUUACCGGAUGACCCUCUUGUUUACCCCGAUCACGAAUUUAUAAUGGCGGCCGCGGUGCAAGGGGAUGAAGCGAACCAUCUUGCUUAUAUUCGACAAGAAAGUACCGAUAGCGGUUGGGAUAACCCAUUUCGACCUGGUGGAGACUUAAGCAGAGAAGCGGACGAAAUAGUGCAGCUUAUUAAAGGUGGAAAGCCGAUUACACCUCCAUCAGGAAAUGCACCCUCUAUAACUCAGAACAACUCGACCGUUUUAAACAAUACCUCACAUUACAACUCGUCAGAGCCAAUUACCGAAUCUCCAAAAAAAGCGACAGCUUUGAGCAGUACACCGAACGCCAAAAGUGUAAAUGGCAACGUAAAAAACGACAAACAUGCACCACCUGAAUCUCUAGACGUCCAAAGGGGUACCACCGCUCCGGCGUCGGACGCAUCACAAGUGGAACACGUCGUCAUAAAGAAGAAACAAAAGUGCAAAUGUUGUGUGAUACAAUAAAUGAAAACCUAUUUGAUUAUAGGCUUAAAAUAGACUUAUUAAUGUUAACUGUUUUUUUAACGGCACGGGAGCUGCAGAAGCACUUUAAACUUCUUUUGCUAUCUAAUACUAUUAGUUUAUAUACAAUAAAAUAUCUAUCACAGAAAUUUAUAUGACCAAAAUAAAUAAGUACAGAACUUUAAGAGCCAUAACAAACCUGUGAUUCGAGCAUAAAUACGAAGUUUCAUUCAUGGUAGUUUGAAUUACUAUUUGACAGGUAAAUGUAUUGUGAAUUUUCCUUUAUUUAUUGGCAUAUAGCAUUCAACAAUUGUAAUUUUUAGUAAUUAUCUACAUAAGUCGUAAAUGGCUCUCAAUUACAAUAGGUAGAUACAGUAAUCACAAUGUAUAUUCCAUUUUAGAGUUUUCUACUGUCUUCGAAAAUUCACAAUUUUGUCUUUAAAAAUAUAUCUACACGUAAUUAUGAUUGGAACUCGUAUUGCAUUCUAGACAUGAAAACGUUGUUACUUCAGUCGGCAAGUAAUAAUGGAUAAUAAUUUUAUCUUGGAAAAGCUUUAACUGUUUUCUGAAAAAACGAAAUCAGAGUUUUAUUACGUAUUAUAUACAAUAAAAGAGAAAACACUUCCUAUGAAAUUCUAUUGUAAAAAGAAAUAGNU